AUGACUACAGAGAUCACUUAUGCUGAAGUGAAGUUCAAAAAUGAAUCCAAGUCUUCAGACCCUAAAUUAGAGGUUCCAGACCCUUUAUCAAAGGUUCCUGAAGCUCCUCUCACAGAAAAGACCAGCCCUCUCAAUAGUAACCCUCUCAAAAGUAACUCUGGUAUUAUCAAGCUACUUGUUGCCACUUUGCUGAUAUUUAUGCUAUUGACGAUAUCAUUUUUUACUGCUUUUAUCGUUCUUUCUCAAGAGCUUUCUAAGCUUCAAGAGAGUUCAAGAAAAAUGAAUGGAGAGCUUACUAGAGUGUACACGUGCUUGCUUUCUUACAUUGUCCAUUUUACCGUUGGGGACUCAGUCCCUUGCUUGCUGUGCCCUAAUUUCAUUACCCAGAACUUGACUCCAGAAUCUCAUUACUACAUCGGGCUGACUAAAACACGCAUUCUGCAUCAGAGAAGACACUGGCAGUGGGUUGACCAGACACCAUACCAGGAAAGUGCCGCGUUCUGGCACAAAGGUGAACCCAGUAGUCACUCUGAGAAGUGUGUUGUUCUAAAGUUUCAUCCAGACACAAAAAUAUGGGGCUGGAGUGAUGUUCAGUGUCAUUUACCUCACAGGUCAAUUUGUAAGAUGUGAAAGAUCUACCUCUCAGAGAACCGUCUCCAUGAGCAUGGGGUGCUAAU